AUGCAGGUAGUUGAUCCUGGAAAGUAUUCCAGUUCGCUUGACUGUAUGAAAAAGACGGUGGCUGAAUAUGGAUUUCGAGGACUCUAUCGAGGUGUUCAGUUCCCAUUGAUUGGCAGUUUAGCCGAAAAUGGAUUGACAUUUAUCUCCUAUGGAUUUUUUAAGAGGCUUUGUGGAGUCAAAGGUACCAAACAUAUCACUUUUUCACAGAUGCUCUUUUCCUCUAUGGGCUCUGGAGCGACUAUUUCACUCCUUCUGACCCCUGUUGAACUUCUGAAGUGCCGUCUUCAGAUCGAACAAUCACAGCCCAAAUCUGUAGCCAAGACAACUUCACUGGGCGUAAUUCGCAAUGUGCUGAAGACGGAUGGAUUCACGGGUCUAUUCCGAGGACUUUCGUUGACUCUGCUGCGUGAAGUGCCCGGAACGUCGAUCUGGAUGAUAGUUUACGAAUUAUCCCUUAAGCCGUUUAUCCGGAAAGGUUAUACGCGUUCUACCAUUCCGCUUUUUGGCAUCAUCGCAGCUGGAUCGAUUAGUGGAGCUACGUACUGGGCGUCUAUCUAUCCGAUUGACACCAUAAAAUCGAUUCUUCAGACAGACACUACAUUGUAUAAGCAAGCAAAAGGAAAUCGAUGGGCGGUGGUUGCGAGAUCUCUGGGAGUGCGAGGAAUGUUCCGAGGUCUUGGGUGCACGCUGAUACGCGCAGUCCCUGCAAAUGCUGUUCUUUUUCUCAGCUUUGAAUAUGCCUAUCGUGUUUUCAAUUCGUUCUUUUAG